UAAUUAUAAAGGUAAAAUUAUGAAUUAAAAAUGUUUAAUUAUAGCAUGCAACUAAAGGUAUAUUCAAUUCUCGCGAGUUUUCUAAUAUUCUUGAAGGAUUUGGAUAAUGCAGCGGCAAAUCCUAUGUUUGGUGAAAAUGUUAGAUUAGCUAAUCCAGGCGAAUUUCCAUUCGUCGCAUCCGUUAAGCGUAUUAAUCCUUCUAAUCCUUUAUCGGAAUAUGAUCACUUAUGCACAGGUGUAUUGAUAUCAAAUCGCGAUGUCUUAACCGUUGAACAUUGUCUACAGCCACUUUCGGCUUUUUAUAUUGAAAUCAGUGUCGGAAGCCAUAAUAUCAGAGAAGGCAUUAAAUAUCCCAUUGACUGGUGGAUGUCUUACUCUACGUGGACUACGUUCCGACAUAUUGCACCUCGAUAUAACAAAAACGAUAUUAGCAUAAUACGGGUAAGCCUCCUCUGA